CAUCGCGUCAACCACCAGCAAGACCAGCCAUUCUUACCGAACCCUACUGCUGCUGCUGCUGCUUUCCUCAUGCCGGCAACCGCGACGUCUUGGGACGGGUACGGCGGGCAGAUCUCCACCGCCGACAUGUACAGCCAGGAGACCCUGGAGGCGGUGCUCCGGCAGCCGGUCACGGCUCUGCGGCAGGAUCAGGCGGUGGGGCGGAAGCCGAGGGAGGGGGCGCCGGUGGUGGACGGCGGCGUCGGUAGCGCCGCGGCCGCGCCGCGGAAGCGGCCGUUCCGGACGGAUCGGCACAGCAAGAUCCACACGGCGCAGGGCGUGCGCGACCGGCGGAUGCGGCUGUCGGUCGGGGUCGCGCGCGACUUCUUCGCGCUGCAGGACCGGCUGGGGUUCGACAAGGCCAGCAAGACCGUCAACUGGCUCCUCACCCAGUCCAAACCGUCCAUCGACCGCCUCCGCGACGCCGCCGUACCGGCGGCUGCCUCCGGACCUGCAGCGGUGAAGGAGAAAGGGGAAGGGAGCUCCUUGAGCACUGGCUGUUUCAAGGACUCGUGGGAGAAGGUGACGGAGAAGGGAAGAAACAGAUGCGGUAAUGACGGUCCGGCAGCGCUCAUGGAGGAACACGGCGGCGGUGAGCUCGACUGGAUCUUGUUAGAGGCCGCGGCGGCAGAGCCGCCGCUGCCGUUGGACGGACUGGAGUACUACUACCAGUAUUAA